AUGAAAGCUGUUCUAUUGAUAAGCAUAUUUCUGGCCUUGGUAGUACUAAGCACAUCCAGUGAACAGGAAGCGAAGGCGAGCAAUUUGGAAAGCUGCCGGCGCAAGGUUCGAGCCAAUUGUCAGCCAAAUGGUAAAAUAUGCGUGCGCAUAGCACGCAGCAAUCUGUGUGAGCUGCGGAGCUACAGUUGCAAGCAAAGAUUGGCCAAUUGCAAGUCCAACAGCAAUACACUGACAAACGCAUUUUAUCAAAGAGUCAACAUAAAACUCUGCUCGGGCAUGUCAAUCAAUCAAAGCUUGCCCUGCGUCAGUGGCACCAACAACGCCAAGUAACAACAGCAGCAACAGCAUGAAGUUUCUGUAUUAUUUACAUAUGAUUAUUAUUUGUCUAGAGAGUUGAUUGAAUCUCUUCAAAAAAUGUAUAAAAUGCUUCCAGUGUAUUGUUUACAGUA